AUGGGUAUGAAGUGCUCAGUGUUGAUUGGCGGUGGAGACAAGUCUGUAUUUUAUUGGGAUGUGACCACGGGACAGACGAUACGUCGAAUACCAGGACAUUUAAGCCGUAUCAAUACAGUCGCUUUCAACCAGGAUGCCAGCGUUGUCGUCAGCGGCUCGUUCGAUUCCACUGUCAAAAUAUGGGAUCUAAAGUAUGGCUUCACAUCUGAAAAGUCUUUUGUAAUGACAGUUGUGGCCUCUAGGGCAAUAGCAAAGUCGCCUAUCCAGUCUUUAGAAGACUCGAAAGAUGCAAUACAGGCACUACAUGUUGGACAUCAUGAAAUCAUUACCGGUUCUGUGGACGGGCACGUCAGAACAUAUGAUCUCCGUAAAGGCCAAAUGACUAGCGAUUACCUUGGACGUGAGUAA